ACGUCCCCGUAUCAAAACAAGCAAGAAUGGCACUAAGAUUGUUGUUUGGAAGUAAAAUUGCACAACUGCAGCCGGUCGCUACUGGGCGUGGGAUUUUUGCCCGUUCCUGCCGAGCGGCGUCAACUGAUAAAGGUCCCAGCUUCGAUUGGGAAGAUCCGCUGAAUCUGGAAUCACAGCUAAAGGAGGAUGAAAUUGCGAUCCGCGAUUCGUUCCGGACGUACUGCGAGGAUAAGCUGCUGUCCCGUGUGAUCGAAGCGAACCGGCAUGAAGUGUUCCACAAGGAGAUUAUGCAGGAGCUUGGUUCGUUCGGUGUGCUUGGUUGCACGAUCAAGGGUUACGGAUGUGCCGGCGUUAGCAAUGUCGCGUACGGUCUAUUAACGCGCGAGGUAGAACGUAUCGAUUCGGGCUACCGGUCUGCAUUUAGCGUGCAAAGCUCACUGUGUAUGGGUGCCAUCAACGAUUACGGCAGUGAUGCACAGAAGGAAAAGUAUUUGCCCCGUAUGGCACGGGGGGAAAUUAUCGGCUGUUUCGGGCUAACCGAACCAAACCACGGCAGUGAUCCGUCCUCGAUGGAAACACGGGCCGUGCAUGAUCCGAAGACGAAAACGUACGUACUGACCGGGAGCAAAACGUGGAUCACAAAUUCGCCGAUUGCAGAUCUGUGCAUUGUCUGGGGCAAAACGGAAGACGGUAAGGUGCGGGGAUUUAUUAUCGAUCGAGCGGAAAGUGGGGAAGGUUUGGCAACACCCCGUAUCGAGGGGAAGUUUUCACUGCGUGCCUCGGCGACCGGUAUGAUCUUGAUGGAUGAGGUGCGCAUUCCGGAGGAUAAUUUGCUACCGAAUGUGAGCGGUAUGCGGGGACCGUUUGGAUGUUUGAACAAUGCCCGGUAUGGUAUUGCGUGGGGUGCGCUCGGUGCGGCAGAAUCAUGCCUAAAGGUGGCCCGAGGUUAUACGCUGGAUAGGAAGCAAUUUAAGAAACCGCUCGCUGCGAAUCAGCUGAUGCAGAAAAAGAUGGCCGAUAUGCUGACGGAGAUUAGUCUCGGGCUGGCAGCUUGUUUGCACGUUGGACGACUAAAGGACCAAAAAUUACACACGCCGGAAAUGAUUUCUAUGCUGAAGCGCAACAAUGCCGGUAAAGCGCUGGAAAUUGCACGCGUCGCACGUGAUAUGCUCGGUGGAAAUGGAAUCGCCGAUGAGUAUCACAUCAUCCGGCACGUGAUGAACUUGGAAGCGGUUAACACUUACGAAGGUACGCACGAUAUCCAUGCACUAAUUCUUGGACGCGCCAUCACCGGAUUGCAGGCAUUUGCUUAGGAUAGUUUGAAUGCU